GUGCGGGUAGACGGCCCCCAGGACGCCCAUCUGUACGAGUCGGUGCCAGUGACCCCCGGGCAGCCCCUGCUGCGGGACAUGGAGCUCAGCCCAGACCAGAGACACCUUUACCUGCUGAGCCGCGGAGAGGUCGUGCGGCUGCCGGUGGAGACCUGUGGCCAGUACCCCGCGUGUGACGCCUGCCUGGGCUCUGGGGACCCCCACUGCGGCUGGUGUGUCCUGCACAACCGGUGCUGCCGGGAGAGCGAGUGUCCCCGGGCGCUGGAGUCGCAGCGGUUCGCGGCUGCGCCGGGCCCCUGCCCCCAGCUGCUCGUGGAGCCCAAUAACGUCUCCGUCACCGCGGCCAGCGUCCUGCUGCAGCUGACGGUGCAGAACCUCCCGGACCUGGGGCCCGGCGUGACCUGCUCCUUCGAGGGCCUGGGGCAGAGCAAGGCCGAGGUGCUGCCCGGGGGCCUCAUCCGCUGCCAGUCACCCACUCCCAGGGAGCUGCCCCCCGGUACUGGCCCCCACGGUGACGCUCGCUCCGUGCGGCUUCAGCUUCACUCGCUUGAGACCAUGAUGGACUUUGCUGGCGCUGACUUCGUCUUCUACAACUGCAGCCUCCUCCCGUCGUGUCUGUCCUGCGUGAGGAGCCGGUUCGCCUGCCAGUGGUGCAAAUAUCGGCACGUCUGCACCCACGAUCCCCGGGAGUGCGCUUUCGCCGAGGGGCGGGUCAGCACCGCUGAG